UUGAAAAAUGAUACUUUAUAGUUUAUAGUAUCAUUUUAGGAAAAAGUUAAAAACUGUAAAUUAAAAAGAAACAGUGUAAAACGGAAUUCCGAAAUGCAUCUCUUAUGGGUAGUGGGGGCAGAGGAAGAGAGAGGGAGAGAUGUAAUGUAAUAAGGUUAUGUUCAGUUAUGUUUUACCAGCUGGUUAAGUUUUACUUACUUUUGUAUCAUUAUUGUCCAUUGUCAGCAAGUGUCAGUCAGUGUAUAGAUAGUAUCAUAGUAUGACGUAGAACCUCUAGCGCUGGUAGUCACUUAGUGCUUACAAUAAAAAAUAUUGUCUACUUUUAGUGAAGAUAAUUAUAAUUACUCAAACAAAGGUGUACAAUUAAAAAAAAAACAGAUAAUUACCCUGAUAGCACGGAACGUUUCCGGAACGUUUAACAUGUCGUCGCUUGGAACGUACCACUAGGACCCGAAGGGAACCUACCGUUAUUGUUAUUUUUAACAACAAUUGUUUCGUGAACCGUAAGAGAUAGGAAAAUUCCAGUUAAAGAGGCGAUUAUCUUUCGGGACCAGAGAAGACAAAAUUAUAAAUCUAUAUUCUGCGGAUUUGGACAAUUCCAGUUCCAGAGACGAUCGUCAUUCGUGACCAGUUGCGACGAAAUUAUCAAUCUAUAUUCUACAUUUUUGGUUUCAAUAAGGAAUGAAGAAUUGCUUUGCAGUCUUAUCAUCCACACUGAGCAACCUGUUAUCUCUUCUUUUCGGAAGAUAAUUCAUCUACCAGCCCAGUAAUUAGGAAAAAAUGUAUGAGAAAUCAAAAUGACCAACAUUUUAGUUUUGUUUUAAGAUAAAAAAUUCCCUCCUGGAAAAUUUAAAUCAAGACAGCAAGUAUGGAUUUUAUGACACUGUUAAGUGUUGCACAAAAUAACAAAAGCAGUAACCAGCCCACUGCUUACUAUCCAACAAAAUUUACUCCUCCUAAGAAAGAAAGUAAGCAAUCAAAAGAUCUUUCGCAAAAUAUAAAGAAAUUUCUGUCCAGAAAAGAAGAAGAAGAAAAACGAAAGGCCAUAGAAGAUAAUAAGAAAAAACAGAAUCUCUUGGCUUUGCGAGAUGAGAAGGCACAAAAAAGAAUCAACAAACAUCUGAAGGCUUGCAAAGACUCAAAUAAGUCAGUCUUAGAAGAUGCAGUUGAUAAUAAAAAUACGUCUCUUACCAUACCAGGUACAUCGCAAAUUGUUACAGAUGAUUAUGGUUACGUAUCACAAGAAGCUACUGCUUUAUACGAUAAAUUAAUGAAUAAGUAUAAUAGUAUGCCUGCAGAGAAACCGCUUUUUACUUCUUCAGGAAAGAAGACGGUCAAAGACAUAGAACUGACAAAGGCACGAGUGAAAGAAGCCUUGAAACAAGAAAAAUUUGAAGAGUCAAGAGGUCACCGAAGAAAAAGUAAAACAGUCGAAAAUUCACAGGUAGAUGAAGAGGAGUCAGUAUCUCAAGUUUCAGAUGAAGAAAAAAGGGAUGAGAAGGAAAAGAUUCCGGAAAAAAUAAAAACCAAGAAAAAGGCGAUUCCUCCUCCAAUGAAUUUUGCACAACUUUUAAAACUGGCAGAGCAGAAACAACAUGAACCAAUAGUUGCAAAGGUUUUACCGAAGAAGAAAGAACCUGAAAUCUUAAAGACGAGGAAAGAAUACGUAAAGGAAAAGGAAUGGCUUGAUAAAAAAGAAGAUCGUCGCCGUGGCUUAGAAAAUACAUCUGUUAAGAAGAAUUCUGCUGUUGGUAGUGAUAAAUUAGACAAAAAAAUAGUUCCUAAGGCUGAAAUAUAUAAUGAGAUUAAAAAGACAUUCACCGAAAAAGAUCCUAAAUUUAAAUCAUCUGAAACAGUUAAGAAAUCUGUAUCUCGGCCGGCAGAAAGUUCUAAUUCAAAGACUAAAAAUAUUGAAAAAACGGGUAAGGAUAAAGGCAAGGAGGAUAAAAAUAAAUAUAAAGAUGAAAUAUUAGAGGAACGCAGAAAACUAGAGAUAGAAAGAAGAAAGUUAGAAGAAAUGCGCCGCAGUAUUGAAGAAGAUAAGAAGAAGUUAAAUGCAGCUAAGGAGAAGAAUAAAAUGGAACAAAAGCCUUCAAACCAUCAUUCGACGAAAGUUGUUCAUAAAAUUGGAAAUACUAGUUGGCGAGAAUCCGACAAAGGAAAUAGUAAACCGGGAAAGGAUAAAAUUUUAGUAAAGCACAAAGCGAACACAAUGUCGAAAAAACCUAUUCAUUCGAAAAGACGAGCAAUUUUUGAUGACGAUGAAGAUGAGUAUGAUUCUGAAUUAGAUGGUUUUAUUGCUGACGAACCUGAAGAAGAAGAACAGGAUAUUAGUAAAUAUAUCAGUGAAAUAUUUGGAUAUGAUAAGAGCAAAUAUAGAUAUAUUGAUGAGGAUGACUCUGCAAUGGAAAGUAAUUUCGCACAGCAGUUAAAAGAGGAAUUCAUUUCGACAAAAACGGGCAUAAUGGAAGACUUGGAGGAUAUUCGAAAGGAAGCCCAUGAAAAGAAAAGAAAAGCAAUGAUGAAAAAGAAGAGAAAAAUUUAGUUUCAAAUACUUCUUCAUACAAUUUGUGAGUGAAUGAAACUUUUUCAUCGAAGUGUAAAAUUUGUGACAAAAAUAUUAAUUAUUUUACUUGCCCCAGACAAUAUCUAUGCAUUCAGUGGUUUAAAUUAAUAUUUUUGAAAUUAGUACAUUGUGCUCGAAUUUGUGGCCCAUAUUAUAAUAAAUUUAUCAAUA